GCCAUCUCAAACCAAAGCCAAACCAAAUCCAAAUGUUCUUUAAUACCUCAACAGAGCCAGCACAGCUCUUCUUCCAGCACUGCGAAGGCCAGUGGCACGCUCGACCGCAACAUAGCCGCCUCUCCAAAGCCCUCCCCCACUCCUUCCACCUCUCCAAAGUCCUCCCCUUUUCUUUCCACCUCUCCAAAGCACUUCACUAGUCCGUCCUCUUCUCCUGCCCUGCUGAGCGAGACAGAGGUAAAAGACAUUAAGGGAGAUCAGGGCUGGAUUUCUGGGUUUCCUCAGAGCUUUAAAUCCCAGCAGUCUACUCUGGCUUUUCCGCUGGCAGGUACGGAGCCUGCCAGUACACCUGCUGAGGAUGAUGGGCCGGCAGGGGUUCCUCACUCUUCCAUUUCCAAUGGAGAUGUUGCCAAAGCUCCAGAACCAAAUGACAGCCAGUUAGACACAGAGGUGGAUGACGAGGGAGACAAAGAAGAAGAACAGAAAGAAGCUGUCCUUAAAAACCUCAACCAAGACCUCUCUCUUAAUUCACUGACCAGUCACAUGACCAUAAUGCACUCACGCAACUCCUGCAAGACGCUGAAAUGCCCCAAGUGUAACUGGCACUAUAAGUCUCAGCAUACACUGCAAGUCCACAUGAAAGAGAAACAUCCAGAGAUUGGAGGCCAGUGUGUGUGUGGCGCCUCCGGGGGAAAGUGUGUGUGUGGCGGUUCAACACGAGGUGUGUGUGGAUAUUGCAGUUCGGGGAAACCCCAUCCUCGCUUGGCCCGUGGUGAAACCUACGCCUGUGGCUACAAGCCCUACCGCUGUGAGGUGUGUGACUACGCUACGUCAUCGAAAGGCAACCUCAGCAUACACAUGCAGUCGGAUAAACACCUUAAUAAUGUUCAAAAUGGGGGACACUCGAAUGGUCACAUGCACACUUCCAACAUUACCAACAAUGGCAGCUCCUCCGACGGCCAAACAGCGGAUGAGCCCACAUACAAGCCCCCACUCCCUAUUCCCACGCCCACUACCCAGCCCGCCAAGCUCACACCAGCUGCACACACUCACUCUCAUGGUAAGCGGUGGCGGUGUGAUGUGUGCGACUAUGAGACCAGCAUUGCCCGCAACCUGCGCAUACACACCACCAGCGAGAAACACACACAUAAUAUGCUACGGCUCCAGAGAGGUUACUAUCUGUCUCACUGCCGGAGUCUUGCCCCGCAGCUCAAACACCUACAAAACACAGGUGCCGAGCUCUCCUUGAACAUGCGAUUGACCAGUCAACAAGUCACAGAUCAGCCAGUCACCCUUGGGUCUACACUGACUCCUUCGCCCUCCCCCUCCCCCUCUCCCCCUCCAGCCCCAUCUCUGUCCCCCACUGAAUCCCUCUCCCAGGGCAUGUUUCAAUGCCUUGUCUGCUCCUGCUUUUCGUCCGACAGCUUAGAGUCUGUGGAGCAGCACCUGAACGCCCCUCGCUCUCUGCCUCAGUCUGAGUGGUGCUCCCUGGUCGCUGGUGGCUGCCACUGCAGGCUGUGCGGCUACACCACCCCGCUGAGGGCUAACUUCUCCUUGCACUGCCAGACUGACAGACACCGCACCCGGUACCAGCUGGCUGCUCACCUCCAGGAGGGUGGGGACAGGGGUCAGGAGGGGGCAUCCCUUAUUGCUAAGGGCAACCCCGUCCAGCUGAGAUGCAACUUGUGUGACUACGUGACCAGCAGUUUGGACAAGCUACGAGGACAUUCCCUCAGUUCACACCACGAGGCCAGCGUCCGGGUUUACCGAUUCCUGCAGCAGUAUGAUGGUGAGGUUGAUGGAGGUUCGUGGCUGUUCCAUUGUCUCCUAUGCAACCACUCCUCCUCUUCUAAACUCCAAGUACUGAAACACAGUCAAACCCUAACCCAUCAGCAGAGGGAAGGGCUACUACAACUGCAGCCACUAGGCGGAGAGGAGCUGGCAGCCAUUUUUACCAUCAGGAAAAGCCCUGAUGGUGUCACAGGAGAGCUCAGUGAGGAUAUGGAAACUUCCAGUGAGACCACUACUAGUCCUUUGGACACAACCAAAGACACUUGUAACUUGGGGGUGAAGCAGAUUUCUGAGGAGACAGAAGAAACUAGUGACGAGGAAAGAGAAAAGAGGGAGUCAUUGCCCUCAGUCAAGCGUCCAUCCUCUGGAUGCGAGGAAGUGGAAAACUCUAUCUUAACCAAACGCCCCAGAAUACACCAGCAAAAUGAGAACCAGCAGACUGUCCAGUGCCCUUUGUGCCAGGUUAAACUCCCACACACACAACUUCGACAGCAUCUCACACAUGUGCACAAUGUGGCGCAGGACUGUGUAGACAAGCUCAUCAGCACAGUCACACUAUCCAUGGAACAACCACAGCCUCAGCUGCAGACAGAACCACAGACAGAUGAUAGUCAGAAAAAGAAAAACACCAAGAAUAACGAUACAAAUUGUACAUAUACUGCUGAUUCCAGUGCCUCAGUUGAUUCACAGAAAAACAAAGGAAUUUCAGUAGAGAACACUGAGGGAGAUGUAGCCGCACCCAAAGAUGUCACAGCUCUACUCACCCCACCCCUGGAAGACACCACUCACCCUUCCAAUGAUCGCCAUGGUUACCGUUUCCGUUGCAGCAGGUGCAGUCUAGCGUUUCCCACUCAGGAGAAGCUCAAGCUGCACUGGCAGUACCAUGCCAUGAGGGCGGCGACAGAGUGCCCCCUCUGCUCGAGACAAUGCCGCAGUCAGGAGGCCCUGCAGAGACACAUGCAGAACACACACUCACAGCUUGACAACACACAGGGGCAGAAAACACUCUUACCGCAUCACACUACUCAAUACGUGGAGCAUACUAACAGUUCAGUUCAACAAGAUUUUAGCUUAUCACCUCAAGUGGGUCAAGAAGCAGGAGAGCAUGAGGAUGAAGAGAUAGAUGAAGAAGCACUUGGUAUAGAGGGAAAGGAGGAACAAAAAGAAGAAGUAAAAUUAAAAGAGAAGGACAUGGUUGGUGAAGUUGAUGGAGGUGAAGAGAAUUUAACUGAGCCAGAGAAAGAGAUCAUAUCUGAACCUACUUCCAGCUCUUUUAUCAAAAAGAGCUCUAACCCCACAAUGGACCGCUAUCUGGAUCCAACCAGGCCCUAUAAAUGCACAAUAUGCUCUGAAUCUUUUACGCAGAAAACCAUUCUUCUGGUCCACUUUAACUCUGUGUCCCAUCUCCACCGGGCCAGACGAGCCCUACAGGACUCUGGCACAGGUGUUGCUGCCCCCGAGGCUCCCCGUGGCCCAGAUCCUAGGCCCUACCGCUGCCGAUUGUGUGGAGUGGGCUAUAGCCAGAGCUCCACAUUGGACAUACAUCUUCGCUCUGUCCUUCAUCAGACUAGAGCUCGCGCUGCCCAGAACUUAGCUCCACAGAGCCCAGCAUCUAGUGUAGCGGCUCCAGUGUCAGUCUCCACUACUGCCACUCAGGCUGCUACCACCAGAGAAGAAACAUCCAAGAGUUUGCCUUUCACCAAGAGGCCAGAUGUAGUAAGCUCUUCAACCUCUUUACUUUUAGGCCCUGGCUUAGCAGCAGAGGUCCAGCCAACCCUCUCUAACCCAACUGAUGGCAAGCAGGCUAAAAAGAGAGUGGCAGAACUUAUAGCAUCAAGAAACCAGCUAAUGCUAAUACAGCAGCAGCAGCAGUUAGUCCAGGCUCAGGCCCAGGCCCAGGCCCAGGCCCAAGCCCAGUUACAACACACAGCUCUGCUCCAGUCCCAAUUGAUGCAGCACCUAUCCUUUGGGACAGAUAAUCUACUUAACCAACACUUCUCCCUGGCACCAGACAACUUGCUCUCUCUGCAUCAGCAACUUCUUCUGCCCUUUUACAUGUCAGGAGACAUGAAUCUUAACCCAGAGUUGGCUGUUAAGAGCCUAGAACUUAGUCAGUUAUUAUCUGCUAACUCUAUCCUAAAAGAACAGAUUAAGGCAGAAGUUAAAAGGGAGUCCCAACCUCAAAUAGAAGAGAAACAACCCCAAAAACAAAGUUCAAACUCAACUGUUAACCAACCAAAUGAUCGUGUGCAGUGUGAAGCCAAGGUCGAAGCUGGCUGCAGUGGAUCCUCCAUCAACCAGUCAGAAAGAGAACACAGCAAUUCUAGUCCUGAGAAAGAAAAAGAAGAGAGGCUUGUUCCUACUGUUAAAAAUGAGAGUCAGAAGGUGGAAACUGAUUCCUCUUCAUUUAAUCUUCUUGGAUUGCAGUGUCCUCCCCCCAGAGUGCCCUAUGCUGCUGUGAAUGGGGAGCCUCUUCGAGCCCUGCUGCAGAGUUAUGGCUAUGAGUUGGCACUGCAAUAUAUACAAAGUAGACAUAGACACCAGCAACAGAUAUCAACUCCUAUGAUACCAGAUAAACAGGAGUGCUCUGAUACCAACAAAAUUGAGGUAUGCUCAGAAAAAGAAAGAAAUGAUUUUAGUGGACUACAGGAUGGAAUGAUUGAAGGCUGUAAAAAGGAUAACCAAGGAGUAGAGGGCAAUGGAGAGAGAGAACAUUUGCCACAAGAGAAAAAGCAGAAUGAUCAGGAAUUGGCAAACAAAGAGAAAGGAUGUUGUGGAAGAGGAGAAAAGUGUAGAGACUGUGGCAAGCUUUUUUCAGAUGCCUUGAUUUUAAAAAGCCACCGGGAGUACAUUCAUAGGAUGCUGUUUCCCACUCCUGCACUGGAGAGGUUUUCUAGAGAAUACAGACUGCAGUAUGACCAGAUGUACCCACUCACACAGCCUAAAUCUGGGGAUAAUUCAACUGCUUCAGCUGCAGCCCCAGUCCCAUCCUCAGAAUCAGAACCAGCACCGGAACCAGUUAUGCCUCAAACGAAAAGUCUUACAUCCUCACCUGUACCCUCAUUUUCAGAUCCCAUGCCCAAAACAUGUACUUCAGCUACAGACCUAACACCAACUGCCGCUACACCUUCUUCUCCUCCAUUUUCUUCUCAACCUCACAAAUUUCAACAAGAGGCACCCAUCCCAAGCACAUCUGCUACAGCUACUUCUCAAACUACAUCCACAGCUAACUCCAUACCCCAUACCUUACCUAAAAUACCAAUGCUUCCUCUUUCCUUGCCCCAGCUUCCUUUACCUAAGCUUCCCCUACCCCACAUUCCUUUUCCCAUGGACCUACCUCUCCUCUCUCCGGUUGUGAUGCAGUCUGUGGGUCUCCAGCCCCAACCUUGGUUAGACUCAAGUGUGAACCCCGAGUUGGCAAAACUCCAAUCUCAACUCAACCCAGCACUGCUAGGGCAACAACCACAGCUCAGCCCAGCUUUGCAAGGUCAGCCUCUACAGCUCAAUCCUGCUCUGUUGGGUCAACCAUCCCAACCCAGCCCUAUCCAAACAGGACAGCAACCCCAAGUCAGCCCAACAAUACUUGAACAACAGGGUAAGAGAACCCGAACCCGACUCUCAGAGGAGCAACUGACUGUUCUGAGGAAACACUUUGAUAUUAACAGCCUCCCCAGUGAUGAAGAGAUCAACAAGAUGUCUGCUCUGUCUGGUUUGCCUCAUAAAGUCAUCAAACACUGGUUUCGCAACACCCUAUUUAAAGAGCGCCAGCGAGACAAGGAUUCCCCUUAUAAUUUUAAUAACCCCCCAACCAUAGCCCUGGAGGAAUCCAGAGAGGAAGUAGCACAAAACCUGCCUCUGACACUUUCCCCAUGUUCACUGUCUCCGGGCCUUCCAGCCAACACCUCCCCACAGGCCCUGACAACAGACCUCCAAAGAGGAGAGCCCCAUAGAGGCAGACGCUCUUCCCGAACCCGCUUCACGGAGCAACAGCUGGAGACCCUUCAGGGGGUGUUUGAGGCGACCCCCUACCCCAGAGAGGAAGAAUAUGAUAGGCUGUCUGCACUGUUGUCUCUUCCUAACAGAGUAAUUGUUGUAUGGUUCCAAAAUGCUAGGCAAAGAGCCCGCAAAAAAUCAAGACGGGGGGCAGACAAUGGAUUAGAGGGGAGGAACCAGCUUGACAACAGUCACAGACAGAGAAAUGGCUGCUACAAGAACGAUGAUGAUGAUGAUGAUAACAGCUGUGGGGAUGAAGGACAAGGUGAAUCUCAGAAUGAAAACUCCAUGGAUCUGACUUAUGAGUAUUACACAAACCCUGACUCACCUGUCCCUGAUUCUUCCUCUCACUGCACAGAAAGUGAGUAUCUAACAGCCGAAGGUGAACCAACACAUCUUAGUAGGGAACAGGAAGAUAACACAAUCCCUCCACAGGCUAACAAGAGCACAGCUCUUGUUCAAACUAAGAAUGGAAUUUCAGAUGCAGACAUCCAACGUAAGGAAAUUGUUCAGGCCAUGAAAAUAGGGUCCUCUCCACAACCUGAGCCCAAUCUGCAGCCAAAAAGGACUCCAGAAAGAACCCAGCCUCGCUCUUCCUCCUCUUUACAAAAAACAGUACCCACCAUCGCAUCCACAGCUCAUUCCAGCCCCGGGCAUGCACACAGCCCUCCUUCUGAUCAAACUGUUGAAAAGCCUGCUGAUACAUCACUCAGCCUCCUUGCUGCUCCAGAGUCUGAAAUGAGCCACAUUCGGCUGCCUGGUGCCACCUCUGGCCUAUCCGCUGAAACCCAGCCAAAAAACCAUUUCCAACCCCAAACCCAGACUCAGUUCCAGUGCAGUCUCUGCCCAGUGUCCUUGCCCUCAUUGCAGCUGUGGCAGGAGCAUCAGACCAGGCACCUCCUGGCAGCUCAGUCCCAGGUCCAAUUUCUCCACCCUGGGUUCACAGACCGACCUAUGCCUUACAUGAUGCUCCACCCCAACCAUUCCCUGAUGGCCAGCCAAAUGCUUUCAGGUGCUAUGUCCCAGAUGCACCCUAAUACCACACAUCCCAUGAUUUCACACUUAAAUAGCAUACAAAUUAAGAACACACUCUCUGAUCACUCGACUAACACCCUCAGCAGCCUUUCUCAAAGUUCCCUGACACCCAUGAAGCAGAGUUCAAAGCUUAUGUCAGAGACCAGUUUUGAAGGCCAAAGGAGCAGUAGAGAGAUUGAGGAGGAGCACCGAAGGGAUAAGCGUCAGAGAACCACCAUCACCCCAGAACAGCUUGAAGUGUUGUAUCAGCGGUACAGCAUGGACUCUAACCCCACCAGAGGAGUCCUGGAAGGGAUUGCACGCGAUGUAGGCCUUACAAGACGUGUGGUUCAGGUCUGGUUUCAGAAUACACGAGCCAGAGAGAGAAAAGGACAGUUCCGGUCAAUGGGGCCAGGAUCCAGUUUCAGCUUGGGUCUGAACCACCUACGCUGUCCAUUCUGCAGGGCUCUCUUCAAGGUGAAAAGUGCUUUGGAUGCCCAUAUGAGGUCACGCCACUGGGCAGAGGCUGAGAGAGCUGGCUACAACUUAUCGAUGAGUAAUGGAUCCAAUGGGCAGAUUGGGAUGGCUAUGUCAUCUGUCACGGACAGACCAGGCCCAUCUAUCUCCUCCAACCUCAUCCCAAACCAUGGCUAUGUCAUCAUUAACAAAGAAUUAACUAUAAAGCCACCUGUGACCUCUUUGUCUUCAACUACUGAUCUAAACAACCCAGAGGAGGAUGAUGACUAUGAGGAAGACGAUGACGAGUACCAAUGUGAGGAGGGUUCCAGUAUGGCUGACCAAGGGUCUCCUAGUCCUGAGGGAUCUGGGGGCCCAAGCUCAUAUUGGGGUGAGACGCAAAGUCUGCAACAGCACCAACAUCAGCAGCAGCGCCAAAGGACACAGAUGAGCCACUUCCAAGUACUCCAACUCAGAGACUUCUACAGGAGCCACCGUACCCCCAACCGACAUGAGUGUGAGACACUGGGCCAAGAGUUGGGACUGCCUCACCGAGUGGUGCAGGUGUGGUUCCAGAAUGCUAGAGCCAAGGAGAAGAGGGCCAGGAGCCUGAGCUCUGAUUCUGCCGAGAGGGAGCAGUCCGAGCUGUCCACAGGGGCAGGGGAAAGAGACAGAGCUUAGAGAGGCAGAUUAUGGUCCCUUUGCUUCCUUCUACUACAUUCUCCCCAAAACCUCUCCUGCACCUGCUAUCGUCCUCUAACCAUAUACCCUUUCCACUUUGCUGCCAAACCUGUAACCUAAACACCCCAAAGAUGCCGAGCCACAGUGGCCCAAAGAGAAACUCUCAACUGAAAGUAGGAGAUAGCCUAAACCAAGUCCUCUCCACCACAGCUUUCUUCUUUUCAUAUUGUUCUUAAACUCUUUCCUGGUCUGUCCUUUCUUGUUGAAAAGAGCCCCUCUCCCUAUCCGUCAGACACCUUACUACAACCAAACACCACCUUGAUAAAAACCAACCAGAUGCCACAGAGGCCAAAGAGCAUUCUCCAAGUAUGUGACCUCACUGCCCAGCUAGACCUGCAGUCUACCUCUCAGUCUGCAUGACAGACUCACAGUGGGCCCUCCACCAGACAGUGCUUAAUGACUAGCUGUGUAGCAUGUAGUGCCAGUCUGUAAGAGGCUGGAAAAGAAAUUGUCAAAGAGAUUUUAGUGUAAAUAGAGAGCUCCAAAAGAUAAAUUUGAAGAAAAACAAAGCAGUUAACAGUGGAUGAAAAAGAAGAUGAUGAAAAACAAAACACGGAAAAAUAGAUGGAGGUAUUCACAUAGAGCUUUUGUAAAGACUGACUCAGAUUCCAAAGCUCGUAACCAAAAUUUUACAUGUCUGUGGAUUUAGUUUCAACAUGUUUGUUUUCAAUAACAAACUGCAGAGCUGACGUCUGUACAGUAAAUGGGUGAGAUCUGCAGCUGGCGAAAGUAAGCCGAGUACCAAUAGACUGAUACGGUGCCAGACUGCAGCGUCACCCUCCACAAGCCAAUGAUGAGUCUUCUGUUGUACAUGUACACCUUCUAUGUUCCUUUAGUGGAUAACAGCCCAAAUAGCACAGAACGUAAAGGCCAGUUUGUCCUGAACGGGGCAAACUAUUUUUUAUAGCACUCAACCAUUAUACUGUAUAUGAAAACUUUAACCAAACUCAAAUUUACAUUGUGUGUGUUUAGUAAUAGUUUCUUAAUAUAAAUCUUAUGGAUUGAGAUAAACUGUCUUGCUUCGAUAUAAUAGUGUCAUGAUUAUGAAAAGAUUAUGACAGCUUUGAUAUGUUCCGGCAAGGUGACUUACUGCCUUUCCGUUCUAUUUGAAUAUACCAAUGGCUGACCAAUGUUAUGUGAUUAAUGUAAAGCUUUCUAUGCUCAGGUCAACAGCUCAACAUGGCUCCGCUUCAAAUGUGAUCUUAAUACUGUACUUUUCUGUUUUUAAAACAGAAGAGGCAUGGUUUAACCUUGGACUAAGUAUUAAAAGAUAUCUACAAAAACAUCUGUAUUUCAAAGAUCUGAGCUUUUCACCUCUGAGUAAUAGAUUGUGACAAAAACCUUAUUGAAACUAAAGUGUUUAAUAGUGUGAGGGGUAAAUGUACAGUAUUUAGCUUUUGUAUGGUUGACUCAAGACUUCAUUGGAUGAUUGAGAGAUGGCUCCCUUUUUCACUUAUAGAUAGGGAGCUACUGCGGAAAGCUGAGAACAACUUUGGAUGUUAUCGAUGUUAUUUUUGUACACUUAAUUUAUUUUCCCUCUUUCUCCCUCCUUUCCUCUUUUUCUCUCUACUUUUCUUCCUGUGUUCAUUUGCAACCAGUCCUUAUUCUAACUGUAAUAAUGAUAAUAUAACAAUAAUAGCUAAACAAUAAUUAAUGCUUUAAGACAAAAAUCCAAAGACGUGAUAAUACUUUAACCAUAUGACCUACAAAAAUAAGCGCUACUGUUUACUUGACGAUGUAUUGCUGUUUUUAAAGAAGGAAGGAGUCCCUAUAUCUAAGCUACUGUUUUUCUCUCAUAAGCACACUGGAGACUGUAACCAAAACCCCAAACUAGAGCCAUGGCAGUCUGUAAUAUAGCGGUUAAAGAGUUUUACUUCUCUUGAGAAAUGUUGCAGUUUAUUUUCUUUCUUUUUUACCAUAGUGUUGAACUUCAGCCCUUAAGGAUGUCCAGUUUGCUGCUAAUGUACUGUAGUUUCUAAUGAUACCGUAGAAAGAUGCAUGCUCUGAUCGCUUUACCACUAGGCUUUAAUGACUACAAACUGUAAUGAUAACUGUGAUGCUGUUGAUAAACUGCUCCUAUGUUGAAAACAAAUGAAUAUGUGGGGCUCAAUUCCAUCAGGUUUCUUUUUCAGUAUCCUAUUAAUUACCCCUACUCAGAAGAUAAAAAAUAAACAAAAAUGGCUUUCGUAAUACCAGAAAUAUUUUUUCAAGCUUCCAGUUUUAGAGAAACCUGCUUGGGGCAUUAACUUCUCAAUACUUAUGGAGAUACUGCAUAGCUAUUUGAAGGAGUUUAGCCCCAAACCUCACUGGUAUGGUGUCAGUCUUUCUGUGUUGCAAUGUCUCUAGUCCAUUUGUCCAGCUAAAACAGCUUUGCUGAACUCAGACUGACAUCACAGCCAACUUUCCAAAGGAUGUGGACUGACUAACUCUGUCAUGUUUUGUUCUUAAACUAACCAAUGUUUACGACAAUACCAAUGAGCUUUCUUCUGUACAGAAAUGUGCAUUCCAAAUACCACAAAGGCAGUUUUUUUGUAUACUGAUUAUUUAAAAUUUAAUUUGUCAUAUUCUCUUGAUCUUAGUGACUGUAAGAUGUACAUAUUGGGGUCCUCUAUGGUGAAGGGACUCUGUUAUCCUUACUGUAGGUAAAACUAUUCUUUUAUUUUUUUCUGGAUAUGUUGUUGCCAUAGUGAUGACCAAAAAGAUACCUGUGAUGUGCACCUGUCCUUAUGUCCUGCUCCGGUGGAUUAGUGUGUCUCUAUACUCUCCCUUCCCAAGUUUUCCCCUACUGGUGUGUGUUUCUCUUCCUUUCC